AUGAAAAAUCUAAAAUCUCUUUGUUACGGUACAAACUUAUGGAUAUACUAUGUCUUUUGUAUAUUUACAAUCGUAGGGCUAUCAAUUUUUAAGCCAAAAUCAUCUUCUUCGACAGAAAAUUCAGAAAAUAAUAUUCGAACAUUUACAAACAUCAAUACAACUCUUCCAACUAGUGAUUGGCAGCCUGUUGAAAUCGCUUGCAUGUCAAGAUCGAAAAUUAAUGAUAUAAUUUAUCUAAAUUCACAGAAAGAUUCCAUCAAAAUAUUUAGUAACUCAUCUGAAUCGAACAAUUUUAGCGUUGUUUAUGAAGCUCAUUUUGAAGGAAAGGCGAUUUUCAAUGUUUUAGCUUACGAUUAUUACAAAACUGGCUAUAAUGACUUAAUUCUUACAUAUCAAGAACAAAAUUUGCAUCCAUAUUACUAUAAUGUUGGAAUUUUGAAGAAUAAUAAAGGAGAACUUUCAAAAGAAUUAAUACAGCUAAAUAUACAGACAUUACAAGUUCCAUUCCCAGUAAAUGGUGAUGAUGGAACUCCAAAGCUUAUAUUUGUACCACAAAACUCAGAAAAUGCAAAGCUUUACUAUAAUGAUUCAUUUUCCAAAGAAACUACCCUUCCAAGCUACAAAUCACUUGCUGUAGCUAAGUUAAAUGGUAGUAAAUACCACUAUAUUUCGCUAAUUGGCGAAGAAAGAUCAAUGAAUAUCCAGAUAUCAGAUGAUCAAUAUAAAGAACUUCAAACCUUUGAAGUCCCUGAUUAUUCAACAUCACUGACUAUUGCUGACUUUAAUCGUAAUGGAGAACUUGAUAUUCUAGUGUCUGUUUCUCCAAAAUACGAUUCUCCUUAUUUUUGUAUCUAUUUUGGAACCAAUGGAAAGUUUGUAGGAGAUAAACAAUGUUCAUCAAUUGGAUCCAAUAUCAAAAUUAAGCCAACAAAGUUUAUUUGUCAAAAUUGUGAAAUUUUUGACCAUAUUUCCAUCGCAGAUCUCGAUUUAGAUGGUAGGCCUGAUAUCAUUGCAACAACUACAUACGGAACAUCCAUAUUUUUGAACCAGUUCUGCCGUGGUUGCCAAGGAGGAGAAUUAUUUUUCACAGAAUUCAUGACAAUCCCUGGAAAAGGAGGUAUUUACAAUGAUGGAUUCUCAGGAAACUAUGAUAUUGUCACAGAAAACGGCUAUUUCAAGGGAAAUCUCACGAAAAAUGAAAUGUUUUUGAUAAUUAAUUCUCUUGAUGAUGUUUGUCUUGAAAAUUGCAAGGGAGAAAGACAUCCAAACCCACAGCCGCUAACAACUAUAACAUAUGGAGCUACUACAAACAUAGUUUACACUGAUAAAUUCGGUCAAAGACACAAAUCUAUCGGAGUUACCCGACCAACUAUAGAUAUGCAAACUCCACAGUUAAUAUUCGGUUUUGGUGAGAAAUUACAUUAUAUUCAAGAAGUUGCGAUUUCUUCAAGAAAUACUAGAAAUUUGACAUGGGUUUUACCGAAUUCUUUGGUUUACGCGACACAGAAAGGCCAAUACAAGGUCAUGAUUGGCUACAAAACCAAUGCUUAUCCUGUAAUUUGCAGUUGUACUGCUUUGUUAUUGGUUUUGGGAUUCUUUGUUGCUUAUUAUACAGAGAAAGAGAACCAGGAAGACAGAAAGGAAGCUGCCAAGAUGCUUCCUAUGUUUUAA